AUGACAACUCUUUCGUCGUUUUCAUCGAUGACGACGAUGUUACAAACGUCACAUCUCAUUUGGCAAACUGUUAAUUUAACCGAUGAGUUGAAAAUCAAUCUUCAGUACGACAUCAAUCGAAAUUCAUUGAACAUAUCGGUGAAGAACAUAGGUGAUAACAAAGACCUGUCUUGCUGUCUCAAUGUUCUCCCAACCCCUCAAGAUAAAAUCAAAUCAACAAAUUGUCAAAUAUCUUCUGAUCUUCUCGAACAAGAUGAUGAGAAUGAAGCUAAGAUUUGUUAUGAAUUAUCAACGACGUAUGUUUAUGAUAUAAUCGAUGAGAAUGAAGCUAAUGAUCAAACUGACUUGCCUCAAACAAAGAUCACUUUCUCCUCGUCGUCGUCAUCAUCCUUUUCCUGCUUUGAUGAUCAAACAACGGAUAAUGAUGAUGGAUAUUCGACACAUUCACUUGACGAUAUCGAACAACUAUCAGUAAUGAUACCUUCACCCAAAUCAAUCAUACCAGUCCUUCCGUCUUCAUACCUUUAUCACUACUACUACUACUCUGAACAGUAUGUUUCACCUAUUCGUCGACUAAUAGGACAAUUGACAUGGCAAAAUCGAUUCAAAAAGACGAUCCAUGACAUGAUGAAAAUGAAUCAUCUUUUCUAA